AGCAGUUAAUUUAAUCACUUCCCUUAUUGCAUUAACAAAGACAAAUCAGGAAAACACCCUAGUAUUUAUCCCACGAAUUACUUUUUUUCAAACCCUGAACUCUAAAUACUCGUCAAAAUACUGACAAGUCAAGAAUUUUUGCUGUACCCAUGGACAAUCCUGGACACCAAGAGACAUGAUCAUCGAGGUAUCCUCUAAAUAAAGUCGAAAUUGAAGAAAAUAAGCGAGCCCACCCCUCUGAAGACUAAACCCCCCAAAAAUGGCGGAAAGGGUUGACUCGUGUUUCAUCCCAGACUCUGAAAGCACAUCCCAAGUGCUUGUCGAUCCAUUCAUGAUAGACACAGAGCACAUAAACGCUUGGAUCCUGAAUGUGAGGUCUCGAGAGUCAGUCCAGACAAUCCCAGAAAACCAUAAAUCAAUUUGCAAUCAGCACUUCAUCUUCAGCGAUCACAUGAACCCCCCAGAGCCCCUCAAAAUCGUCGAGAUUAUCGAAACAAAGGAGGAUGAAGAACCAGCAGAGAACAACGCUGAGGAAUCACCGGAAGAAGCACAUGAUGAAUCUCCUGAUGAGCUUUCUCAGCACCUCAGCAGUCUCACGGUCUCACAACCUCGAGAUAACCCCGACGAUCUCGAUGUCUCACUCGUCAACGCUGGAAAAGAGACUGAAAUAUCAGAAGACUUUAUCGACUUCGAGGACAUCUCCUCCGAGGACUUGAAUUCAAUACUCAAACUCAUCUCUGAGGACGUUGUGAGUGUGUGCAGACUCUGUGGAAAGACCACUGAUGAUCCUUUGCCAAUAUUCUCAGGAGAUGAAGAGAAUGAGAUCAGUCUGUUUGAAAAAAUUCAGUAUUAUCUUCCCAUCAAAUUGGACGCCAACGACAACCUUCCCAAGGUCAUUUGUCGAGAGUGCAAGGAGCAUCUGGAGAAAUCUCACGAGCUCGCGAUGACUUCUCUGGCGACAGAAGCUCUCCUGACAGGCUCAGCUCUGAAAGAAGAUCUAAUUGAGAAGACCAUGAAUGAUACUGAGGAAGAUGUACUAACAAUCACUACGAAUUCUGAUCAGGUAGUCACAUCCACAGGUCACAUUCAGGUGGUGGAUAACAAGAAUGUGGUGAACUGCUCACAGGAGACUGUGAGUGAUGGAGUUUAUUUCGAUUGCUCUCAGACAUUGAUAACCAGCGAUGAGGAUGAAUCCCCUUUCACGACUUUCGAGGCGUUGAAAGUGCGGAGAACGUAUGGGAAGAAGAGACCCUUAUCCCUCGGAGAUGGUAGUUCAGCUGCUAAGAAGAAGAAGGAGGAACCUGUCUUCGAGACUUGGUACAAAUGCAACAUGUGCGUGGCCUCCAGCCGAGACAAAGAGGUCAUGAAAUUCCACAAACACCGUCACAGACUGCGAAAACCAGUUCUCUUCUGGUGCAACUUCUGUGCCACUGAAUUUUCCAAGGAGUCUAUCUUCGCUAAUCACAUCCUAUCGGUUCAUAAAAAGGAGUCUCGAGAUCUGAGUCAGGCCUUCAAGUGUAUCAUCUGUCACCGAGUUUUUUCCCUCAUGACAGCUGCAGUAAUUCACUAUCAGACCACGUGCGCAGUUGAUCCAGUUAAGGAGGGUAGUACCAGGAAGUGCAGUGAGGAUGUCUACGUCAGGUACGCCUAUACCUGCGAGUUUUGCUGGGAAGGGUAUGCGUAUGUGUCCAGUCUGAACAUGCACAGAAAUCAGAAGCACCCGGAGACCAACCACUGGAUUAAGGGGACUGAUAUCAGCGAGGAUAAGAAGAGGGAGAGGAUCAUGGAUAUGUUUGGGAUCAAGUGCGCUUUCGUCUGCAAAUUUUGUGGAAAGAUAUUCAUUUCCUUGGAGAACUACGUGCAUCAUCAGGUGGAGCAUGCUGAUGGACUCUUCAGGUGCUCCAUUUGUUAUGGGACUUUUGGGGAUUACCAGGACUUCAGGCUGCAUCGGGAGACUCAGCACGACUUUAGGAUCGUUCUCAGGGAGACCAGCGGAGGGGAUCAGCUGGAUGAGAAUAAAGAGACGGCUUCGAGCUUUGAGAUUGAGAUUACGGAAUAGUUGAGAUAAGUUGAAAAAUUAUAAUUCUCAAGAUUUUCGUCAGGGACUAAUUACGGACUGAUGGAGGUUUUUGCAGAAUUAUAAUUGACGCAGAAUUUAGUAACUUAUUGGGAAUUCUAUCGGUAAUACAGUGAAAAUUGAAGUGGAGGUAUUAAUAUUCAAUUUCGUGAAGAAAGUUGGCAAAUAAUUCUCGAAAAAAGUUGUUUUUACCAUUUUACGAAAAUAGUAGCUUUAAAUUCACUUCUGAAAAUAGAUUACAAACUUUCUUAGAUGAAUACUUCAAUUUUUACACGUUUUCUAAGUUAUAGUUCAAUUAUCCUUCUUGAAAACAUAAAUGUUAUUUAAAAAAUUUUAAAAUUCGAUCAUAAAGGGGAAGGGAGGCUUAUCGCUUAAUUUUGAGAGUGAAUAAUUGAUAUAAAAUCUGUCGUCAGACGCUUAUUAAUUUAUUAUAUUCAUUUUCUAAAGAUAUCAUUUGGAGAUUUAGAUGACUUUUCUUUCGAGAUUCAAUGAAUAUUUCAAUUGCUGUUUUAAUCAUUCUUUUUUUAUGGAGGGCGUCAAGGUUACAGGUGUUGGGGAUUUAUUAUAAAACUCAUAGUUGUCUCGCAAUGGGCCAUCGUCCGAGGGCCUUCACCCAGACGAGACUAUCUUUAAUUCAGAAUUUGCUAAAUUUCUGGAA